UGUGUACAGUUGAUUUUUUUCACAUUUUCCAAUAAAUUCAUCCAGGUAAAUAUGUUUAUAAUAUUAGUUGAGCCUUUAGCCUUCGACACACAAAAGAAAUUUUGCACGAAUUUACAUUGUGUUCAUUAUCCACCGUCAUUUUUUACAUUUGACAUGCUAACUUCAUAUAUUUGACGUGUAUAAGUGAUUUUUCGUGCAGAAUUUCAACAACACAAUAGUUUUUCAACAUUUCCUGAUAGCUUCGUGCUCCGAAAAAUUUUUUUUAGUCAUUAUGCCGCGGUACUAUCCCAAACAAGAGAAAAUUGUUGAUUUCGACAACAUUUUGGAGGCGAUCAAGUCGGUGAAAAUACAUCACAACAGCGUUCGACAAUCUGCGACGGCACACAAAAUUCCGAGGACCAACCUGAUGCGUUAUAUUACAGCAUUUGAUGGUGCGAGCAUCGACGUUACUACUGCCAAUGCCGAUGUAAUGAAGAAUUUGCUGGCUGAAAGCACGAUGAUGGGCACAAAAACAAUCUUCAACAUCGAACAAGAGAAGGCGCUGAUAAGCUACAUUCUCCAGGCCAGCGACAUCAACUGGAAUUUAGUUUGAUGGAGCUUCGUAAGCUCGCGUAUGAAUUUGCUCGGAAAGUUGGCGCGUCGUAUCCGGAUCCAUGGAACGACAAUCAACAGGCGAGUAAGGAUUGGCAGUUGGCGUUCAUGAAACGCCACUAAAAUUUGUCACUGCGAACACCAGAGCAAGUAAGCCAGAGCCGUGCGAAGCGAUUCAAGAAAGAGAAUGUCGAUGCAUUCUUUGCCAACCUUUCAUCCGUUCUCGGUAAGACGCCGUUUGAACCUCACCGAAUAUGGAACAUGGAUGAAACCGGGUGCCCGACCGUGCCAACCAGACUUGUCAAAACCAUCGCGCGCAAAGGACAAAAGCAGGUCGGCUCAUCAACAUCUGCCGAAAAAGGCACCAAUGUGUCUUUGGCUUUGGUCGUCAGCGCUAGUGGCCAGUCUAUACCGCCAUUCUUCCUCUUUCCCCGAGUCAACAUGAAAGAGAUUUUUAUGACUCAUGCGAGUCAUGGUGCUGUUGGUGUUGCGAACGGUUCUGGUUACAUGAACUCUGACGUAUUCCCUCAAUUCAUGCGUCAUUUCAUCAAGCACACCGGUGCUAAUGCCGAUUCGCCAACCAUGUUGCUGCUGGGCAACCACGGUUCGCAUUUAUCGAUAGAGGCGAUAGAUUUGGCGUUGGAUCAUGGCAUCACGUUGCUGUCUUUUCCGCCGAAAUGCACGCACUAAAUGCAGCCGCUAGAUGUUGCGGUAUUUGUACCAUUUAAAGGCAUGAUGACCGUGAAGCAUGAUGAAUGGAAAAAGUCCAACAUUGGUGUCACUUUCGAUCUGCAUCAUGUGCCGCUCCUUGUCGAUCAGUGCCUCGAUGUUAUGUUAACGCCGAAAACCAUCAAAUCCGGCUUCCGAACAACUGGCAUCUACCCGUUCAACCCGCAAAUUUUCACUGAAGUUGACUUUGUUGCUUCGGAACUGAGCGGCGAAAAUUUGUUCGGUGACGAAGAGAAAGACGCCGACAAUCAACGUCGAGUUCUUGCCUCUGGUGAUGCCAUUGUGACUGCUGCGAAUGAGGAGGUGUCAACGUCGGAGGCAUCGACAAGUGCCCCAGCUUCAACAAAUGGUGCUGCAUCAUCGUCGUUGUCUCUUGUUUCGGCUCCACAGCUCCGUGAUGCAUUGAAAUCGGUUGGCCCGUUGAAAUUGGGCUCACCUGUGCCGAAAUCAAAACGUGGCCACAAGACAAUGGAGUCAACGAGGCCGAAAAAAAGCGGCAAAAAUUGACGAAGGCAGCCGAUGAACCAGCAGCCAAGAAGCAAAAAGGCCGUGGCAAAUCGAAGACGCCACGGAAGAGAAGCCCGUCUCCGACCGAAACCGACAUCGAAGAGGACUUCGAUUUUUGCUCGAUUUGCAAGAAAAAGAUGCCGAAGCACGAGAAUCGUCAAAACACGGCCCAUUGCAUCGUUUGUGAUCGAGGGGUUCACUUGAAAUGUGCCGGACCGAACCCGAACACUUACACCUGCAUCCACUGCGAGUCGGAAUAAUUUUUUCGCCAAUUCCUAUUUUUCUUAUUAUUUAUGAAUCUCUCUUUCAUUUCCAUUGAUAAAUAAACGUUUUUCAUCGGUAA